CGAUAAUUGCAAACAUUAUGAAGUUCUAAGUGACAGAGAGCGGGCUGCUGGAGUUCACAGGGGCAAUAUCCUUAAGUGUGACCAGAGGGAUCUUGUUACCCCCAAAUGGUACAGGUUUACAGGUGCAGCUGGUGUGCAGAUGCCAACGGCCUGUGUUCCAAAACAUUACUGCGGAACUCAUGCGCCAGGAUGGUUGAGUGGCUCACAUCCAACAAGAGUCGGGCAGGUUGUGAACGGGAAGGUGUGUUUCCACUGGGGCUCCAAUUGUUGCAACUGGAAUGCAGCCAUUCAGAUAAAGAAAUGCAAUGGGUUUUACGUGUACAAGCUUUCGAGGACACCAGUAUGUUGGCUGAGGUAUUGCGGAAACGCAGGGUUUGACCCGUGCAAAGCUAGUAAGCCUUGUCAAAACGGUGCCACCUGUGUAAACCAGAAUGGUGGGUACACUUGCCUCUGCAAGCCUGGGUUUCAAGGAAAGAAUUGCGAGCAAGAUGUUAACGAAUGUGUCGCAAAACCUUGCCGUAACGGUGGAACUUGUGAGAAUUUAAAGGGUAGCUACAGAUGCAAAUGCAAAGCAGGAUUUCUUGGCAAACACUGCGAGAUAGUUUUCGAUAAUUGCAAACAUUACGAAGUUCUUAAUGACAGAGAGCGGGCUGCUGGAGUUCACAGGGGAAAUAUCCUCAAGUGUGACCAGAAGGAUCUGGUAACUCCCAAAUGGUACAGGUUUACCGGAUCAGCCGGCACCCAGAUGCCAACGGCAUGUGUUCCAAAACAUUACUGCGGAACUCAUGCGCCAGGAUGGUUAAGUGGUUCACACCCAACUAAAAUCGGGCAGGUUGUGAAUGGGAAAGUGUGUUUUCACUGGGGUUCCAACUGUUGCAACUGGAAUGCAGCCAUUCAGAUAAAGAAAUGCAAUGGGUUUUAUGUGUACAAGCUGACAAGGACGCCUGUUUGUUGGCUGAGGUAUUGCGGAAAUUCAGGAUUUGACCCAUGUAAAGCAAGCAGGCCUUGCCUAAAUGGAGCCACCUGUGUCAAUAACCAGGAUGGAUACAAAUGCCUAUGUAAGCCUGGCUAUCGAGGGAAAAAUUGCGAGCAAGAUGUCAACGAAUGCUUAACUAGACCAUGUCUCAACGGUGGAACAUGUCAGAAUUUACCAGGAAGUUACAAAUGCAAAUGCAAACCAGGAUUCUUAGGAAGACGCUGCGAGACGGCGUUUAAUCCAUGCUUGCAUUACGAGACCCUCGGUGACAAGGAAAGAGCCGCAAGUGUCCAUAGAGGAAAUAUCUUGAAAUGUGACCAGAGGGAUUUAGUAACGCCAAAAUGGUAUAGAUUUACAGGGGCAGCAGGCACUAUGAUGCCUACCUCCUGUGUUCCGAAGCAGUACUGCGGAACUCAUGCACCGGGUUGGUUGAGCACUGCGCAUCCAUCAGUCGUCGGGCAAGUUGUCAGCGGAAAGGUGUGUUUCCACUGGGGGUCUAGAUGUUGUAACUGGAACGCGAAUAUCCAGAUAAAGAAAUGCAAAGGAUUUUUUGUGUAUAAGCUUGCAAGGACUCCGGUGUGUUAUCUCCGCUACUGUGGCAAUGCGGGAUAUGGCGAGUGUAAAAUGAAUAAACCAUGCAAGAAUGGGGCAAAAUGUAUCCAGAAACCAGAUGGGUAUUCUUGCGUCUGUCCUUCAGGUUUCCAAGGAAAGCAUUGCCAAAACGACAUCAACGAGUGCCUAACAACAAAACCGUGCAAAAAUGGCGCCACUUGUGUUAAUAGCAAUGGGGGAUACAGGUGUCUUUGCGUCCCUGGAUUUCAAGGGAAACAUUGUGAGACAGAUGUGAAUGAGUGUUUAAUAAAUAGCAUAUGUAAGAAUGGAGGAACCUGUAUCAAUACUCACGGUGGAUAUCGAUGUCAGUGUUUGAGUGGAUACCAAGGGAAGCACUGUGAACAAGAUAUCAACGAGUGCCUAAUAACAAAACCGUGCAAAAAUGGCGCCACUUGCGUUAAUAGCAUUGGAGGAUACGACUGUCUUUGUGUCCCUGGAUUUCAAGGGAAACAUUGUGAAACAGAUGUGAAUGAAUGUUUAAUAAAUGGCAUAUGUAAGAAUGGAGGAACUUGCGUCAAUGUUAACGGUGGAUACCGAUGCCAGUGUUUGAGUGGAUACCAAGGGAAGCACUGUGAACAAGAUGUGAACGAGUGCACAACGACAAGACCAUGCAGAAAUGGAGCCACCUGUGUGAACAAGAACGGUGGAUAUGGUUGCUUGUGUGUUCCUGGUUUCAAAGGAAAGAACUGUGAGAUAGAUGUCAAUGAGUGCAUCACUAGACCUUGUUUGAAUGGUGGUACUUGUGCGAAUCAGCAUGGAAGCUAUCAAUGCGUUUGCCUGGCGGGAUUUACCGGCAAGCACUGUGAAACCCAAAUCGAUGCAUGUGCAAGUUACUCGGUGCUAGAUGAGAAGGACCGUGCAGCUGGAAACGAUGCAAACAAGUAUACGUGCGACCAAAGGGAUAUUGCAACACCGGCGUGGUACAGGUUUUCUGGAGACGCUGGCGAUAAAAUGGCGGACUCCUGUGUUCCUGAGUUGCACUGCGGAACACAUGCGCCGGGGUGGUUAAAUGGUGAUCAUCCCGUAAAUGAAGGGGAGGUCGUCGAGAGGCAAGCUUGCUUUCACUGGGGAUCCAGUUGCUGUAAAUGGUCUACAAAAAUAAAGAUAAAAAAGUGUAAGGGAUUCUUUGUCUAUGAGCUUCAAAGAACUCCAGCCUGUCAUCUACGUUACUGUGGAAACUCUGGUUUACCCGUGAACGAGUGUGCCGUUACAAAACCAUGCAAGAACGGAGCAACCUGUGUUGAUUUGAAGCGUGGAUAUCAAUGCCUCUGCGCCCCAGGGUUUACAGGAAAAGAUUGUGAACAAGAUGUAGAUGAGUGCUUGAUAAGCGGUCUGUGUAAGAAUGGUGCCACAUGUGAAAACAGCGUGGGUGGAUAUCAGUGUAAAUGCCCCAGUGGAUUCAAAGGAAAACGCUGUGAUGAAAAUAUCGACGAAUGCGCUACCAAAGACCCAUGCAAAAAUGGUGCCACUUGCAUAAACAUAAUUGGCGGAUUCCAGUGUUCAUGCGCAAGUGGAUUCGAUGGGAAAUAUUGCGAACAAGAUAAGGAUGAGUGCAAAGUGAACCCAUGCAAGAACAGUGCUACGUGUAUCAAUCUGAUUGGUGGGUUUGAAUGCAAAUGUUUACCAGGCUUUCAAGGGGAUGUAUGCGAGCAGGAUAUUGACGAGUGUGUGGGAGACCCUUGUCUGAACUCUGGAAACUGUUCAAACACUCCUGGAAGUUACAAAUGCGAGUGUAUCAAGGGAUUUGAGGGCAAAAACUGCGAAAAGGAUGUAGAUGAAUGUAAAGGGAGCAACCCCUGUCAAAACGGUGGCACGUGUCAAAAUAAGAAAGGCACUUAUCAUUGCUCAUGUCCAGAUGGAAUUACAGGCUUUAACUGCGAGAUAAAAAUAUCCUUCAAAGAGCUUGGUUGUUUUAGAGACAGGUCCAACGACCGUACAAUGACUUUGCUAAAGAACCUACGAAAGUACAUUGACUGGCGCGACAUGUCCAAGACAGUUAAAAACUGUUCUGAGAUUGCAAGAGGCACACCGGGGGUUUACUACUUUGCGAUUCAAUAUUACGGAGAGUGUUUCGGUGCGCCAGAGGGUACCAAGUAUGAUAAAUUUGGCCGAGCAUCCAACUGCUGGUCCGGUGUGGGAGGAGCUAACAGCAACUUCGUUUACACUCUAUAUUAAAGCUAUUGAGAGGUUGAGAGAAGUGAGCUAAUCAAGGGCUUAUCUACUGAUGGUACUUAACUUGAAGCUUAAGAAAACUGUGAUGAACAAAGCUGUCAACAAUAAAAGAGAGGUUUAAACCGAA